AUGUUUAGGGGGCUGCUGGUUGGGCAGCUGGAGGCGCUUCCCUCGUACCUGCAGGAGGAGGGGGAGGACUGGGCGGAGGAAGGAGGGGUGGGGGAGGAGGAGGGCGGUGAUAUGGGGAGAGUGGCGAAGGGAAGAUUGGUGAAGGGAAAGGGGGAUGGAAAGAGGAGUUUGCGGAAUAGUGGAAAGGGAGGAGAGGGAGGGGAGAGGGGAAGGGAGCAGGAGGAGGAGGAGGAGGAGGAGGAGGAGGAGGAGGAAGUGAGAGAGGGCCAAGGACUAGAAAAGGUGGCUCAAUUAGUCGUUAUAGGGGAGGAUUCCCAUUGGUACGUCCUCCCCUCACCCUGCAUCCGCCAGCUAAUCAGAGCGCAGUACAACCCCACCGACCAAUCGGAGCUCGCCAUGUCAGCAGCCGACGGGCGACAGCUCGUUGGCAGGUACCUUUGGCCGGAUGGCCGGCAGGACGAGGCAGAUGAGACGGUUGGGUGGCAGCGCGCGGCAAAGCUGAAACUUUUCCUGCCACCUGUACCGGAGAUGCUACAGGGAUGGCUCAGGGGGAGCGGAGGGGAAAAAGGGGAGAGAACAGAGGUGGGAGGAGUAGAAGAGAGUGGAAGGGAAAGGGAUUGGGAUGAUGGAGCGGAUGCGCUGGACCCGCAGAGCAGCACGCUCACGCCGCUCGGGGAGAUUGCCGCCAAGGUGAGCUGCGACAUGGCCUGGCCAGAACCUCCCUCUCCUUGCCUAUUAUCUGCUCCACCCUCCCUCCCCUGUACGCAGGUGCGAAGAGUGAACGAGCUGUGGAUCGCGGUGGCGCUCUUGCACCCCUCCCUCCCGCGCCUCUCUCUACCAGCCAUAGUGGGGUGCUGCGAUGCUCUGGUGUCUAAAGGCAUGCGCAUGCGCACAGGCGACGGCAGCCACCCUACUAGUUCGCCCUCCUUCCCCUACAAGCCAUCCUGGCAGGUGCGGGAGUGGGUGUGUGAGGCAUGUUCGCCCUCCUUCCCGUACGAGCCUUCCUGGGAGGUGCAAGAGUGGGUGUACGAAGCUGAAGAGCGCCGCGAUUGGCUGAUGCAGCUCCAGCUGGCUGCAAACGUGGCAAUCCCUGCUGACCUGGACGCGCAAUUCGCUGGAGUGGUGGAGGCGUGGGCGCAGGAUGUGACGUGGCGCCAGCUCAUCGCUGACUGUGCAGGGUUGGACGAGGGGGACAUUGCGCGGCUGCUAAGGCGCACCAUUGAUAUACUUUCUCAGAUCCCGUAUCUUCCAGGCAUCGAUCCCUCAUUGGCCAAGGCGGCAAAGCAGUCAGCUUAUGUCAUGGAGAGGCCACCUAUCUCCGAGCUCAUUGGCUGA